UUCAUUUGAGUGUUCGAAUUGUUGUAGCUUAAUUUAUUUAGUAGUAGUAAACAGUAAUCUUAAAACUUUUAUUACCUAAUCUAAUCUAAUUCAAAUUUGAUCAUAUUCGUUUGUGCCGGAAUAAAUUUUGAAGUUUGUACCAAGUAUGAACUGACUAGCAAAUAUGAACGGACUAUUUUCCAAUUUUAAAAGUCUCAUUAUUUUUGUUGGAUUGUUUUCUCUAUAUAUCGUUUAUUAUUUAAGUGAUGGUGACAACACAAAAGAACUAAAUAAUAUAGGACAUUUUUUAUUAUACAGUGAUAAAUGUAAAAUCGUUGAUUUAAAUCCAUUUAAUGAGGAAGCGUUGAAGUAUUACCAUCCCAAGGCUUAUAUUCCCUGUAGAAACAGAGAAUUGUUAAGUUAUAUUACCAAAGAAAACAACGUUAACAUUUUGCAUAUAAACAAAACAUUGAUUGGCAAAUAUUCGAAAAAUGGAUUAUUUUGCUGUUAUUCAAAUAUAACAAGACAAAAUAAUGAUGACAAAAUUAAAUUGUCCAACUGUGAAAGAUUUGAAGAAAGUGUGGUUAUUUUAAAAGAUGCAGUAUUCAUAAAAUGUUUUGAUUCAAAAAAUAACUCUACGAUGCUUUACGAAAACACCCAUGCCAUUGUGACAAUAAAUGAGAAUAUCAAAAAUAAAAUCGAAAAUCAGAAUGCCUCAGCUAUAAGCUUAACUUUAAUAGGAAUAGACAGUGUAUCUCGCUUAAAUUUCAUCCGUGUAAUGCCGAAAACUCACGCAUUCGUAAAAGCCAACGAUUUUAUUUCUUUAAAAGGUUACACCAAAGUUGGUGAUAACACAUUUCCUAAUGUUAUGGCAUACUUAACUGGCAUGAACUCAAAUCAAGUUUCCAAUCAAUGUAAUCCCAAGGUGACGGGAAAACUGGAUAAUUGUUCAUUCGUUUGGUAUGAUUUCCGUAAAUUCGGACAUGUGACGGCAUAUGCCGAAGAUGAAUCGGUGAUAGGGACUUUCAACUACCACAAAAAAGGUUUUAAAAAUCCACCAACAGAUUACUACUUUAGACCGUACGUCAUAGCGUCCGAAAAGAUGAAAUUAAAAUCAUUUGAUAGGAUUAUUUAUUGUACAGGUCCCGAAUCCUUCGGCGAAAAGAUAAUGAAUAUAGCCCGAGAUUUUGAAUGUACAUUAAAGCACGCCAAAACUUUUAGUUAUUUUUGGAUGAACACCUUUAGUCACAGCGACUUGAACAUGCCUGCAAGCCAAGACGCUAAUGUAACUGAUUUUCUGCAAGAUUUAAAAGACAAUGGAAUUUUCAAUAAAAGCAUUAUUAUAUUCAUUAGUGAUCACGGCAUGCGGUUUGGAGGGAUCAGAAACACACACACUGGCUGGUUUGAAGGACGAAUGCCGUAUAUAUACUUUUCUUUUCCUCCAUUUUUUAAAGAAAAGUUUCCAGAAGAAUAUAAAAAUUUUAAAAUGAAUGAAAGAAGGCUGACGAGUCCUUAUGAUUUAUAUAUGACCUUCCAACACAUCCUGAAACUUUCCGGAUAUGAUUACGAAAUAAAACCCAGCCUGGCUUGUCCAACGUGUAUGUCGUUAUUUGAGAAGAUUCCUUUUGCAAGAUCCUGCAAUGAAGCAGGAAUUCCUGAAGAGUAUUGCACCUGUACCAAUUAUCACAAUGCUACUUUAAGCAAUGAACAAACAACAAAAUUUAGUAAACUUUUGAUGGACAACUUAAAUAAACUCAUAGAAACAAAAUCAGAAUGUUUAAAGUACAAUAUGAGUAAAAUUAAUAGUGUGGAUGUAUCGGAUGAAAGCCCAAACACUAAAAUGUUACAUUAUGUAAUCAGAUUCGAAACUGUGCCCUCAGCUGUAUUCGAAGGUUCAAUAUAUGAAAUAAAAAAAUCAUAUUCCGCAUCGAAUGAAUUUAACAGACUAGACGAAUAUGGAACCAAAAGUGAUUGCGUGACUGAUGCAUUUUUGAGAAAAUAUUGUUACUGCAAAACAAAUUAAAUUUUUUGUAGAAA